AUGGAGGCGAGAGCACUCGCGAAUGACGAGCGGCGAUGGAGGGAGGCGCGGCGCACGGGCGUGCCGUGCCCGCCUCCAAGAGCUCCACCAGCCAGAAAGGGGCUCGAAACCCUGGAUGAGCUGGCUGAGCGGCAUCUGGCGCUGCAAGCGCUCCUGAGACGGCAGGCAGCAUGCCUCGCAAAACUGGAGCGGCCUGCCUUAGUGCUCGGCCCUUCAGAUCGCCAGCAGGAGCGCGAGCGCCGGGGUUGCCAGCAGGAGCGCGUCACAGUUGGCCAGGAACGUGAGGCGCCUUCGUUGCCGGAUGGUGCACAGAUCCUUCUCCCCAAGGAAGAUCGAGACGAGCAGUUCUACGUCGCCCCCAUGAAGGCUGGCAAGAAGGGCAAGAUCAAGAGCAAAGGCCGGGAAGCCGGCCUUCCUGAAACGCCGCACUCUUGGCGGACAGACAAUUCAGCCGUAGGUAGGCCCGUACUCAUGGAAGUUGCACUAUAG